AUGGAAAACGCAAACGUUUCGUUAUCAAUUCUGUUUCAAUGCUUGCUAUAUAUUGCCGUUUUCGCUGACGACGAAACAUUCACCACUUCUCGUUCGUCAUACUUCACAACGCGAGAAAAUAAACGCCUGGAGGGGCACGUUGUCAAACGGUUUAAUUCUCCUAGCCUGUUAUCGUGCAGCCAUCAAUGUGCGAGAAAUACAUGGUGCACUUCUGCCAACUUCAAGUUGCCAUCAAAGGAGAACGGCCAAGCCGGAACUUGUGAGCUGAACAAGCACAACAUUUCUGUCGUCAGUAGUGAAAAUACAGAAUUUCGUGAUCAGCAGGGCGUCGUGUUCUUGAUGUUCUUGGAGGGUUGUCAUCAGUUCGACAGUGACGGGAUCUGCGUAAUUACAGGAAAGAGCUGCCGAGACAUUAAGAGAGUACACCCACAUGCUCGCGAUGGAAUGUACCGCAUACAGCCGGAUAGCGGAAUCAAGAUGUUCUCGGCGUACUGUGAUAUGACGUCAUUUGGUGGCGGAUGGACAAUGUGCUACUCAGCCAACAAUGUAGUUAAUCCAAAAGUGGAAGUGACGUAUGAUGAAAUGCUACGUUAUGGAACAAAUGGUUACAGAUCAGACUGCAACAACAUACCGGUAACCGUGCUCAUUUUACUGAGCUCUUGCAAAAUGCAUGCUAUUAUUCUCAAAUUCCAUGCUCUUUGCAGCACUCGGAAUACUGUGUGGCAUUGAAGCUCUGGUAUAAUGAUUAAACUUUUGAGCUCCCCAAUAUUAAUACGAUCGCUUUAUGAGAACUAACCCAGUUCCAAAUCCAAUUACAGGCCGCUU